AUGUCGGACUCGUUUAAUGCUUACGAGAGUGACUUCCAGUUAGCUCUACAAGAAGCUAAAACCAAGAUUUCCCAGAUAGAAUCAGCAGCAGAUGGAGGUAUGUACAUUGGAAAUACCGCCCCCCCCCCCCCCCCGCAGCAGCUCUAGAAGCAACCAACUUACUAACUUGCAACUUCUUUCUAUCCAGAACAGCGCAAGCAGUACCUCAAGUCCAUUGAAGCCGCCACGGAUGAAGCGUUAGAAGAGCUCGAUCAGAUGGGCAUUGAAGUGCAGAAGUUGCCAUCGAACCAGCGCUCGUCGUACAACACCAAGAUUCGCCAGUACAAAACGCAAGUCGACGAGAUCAAGCGCAAAUACAAGCAGUUGGCAGACUCGCAGGAUAAACAUGAGCUAUUCGGCAACCGGUAUCGAGAUUCCGUGUCAAGUGACGGUGUCGCCGACUCGCAACGCAAGCAAUUGCUAAAUAACCACUCGUCGCUCGAGCGUUCGUCGCAACGAUUACAGGACAGCCAGAGAAUCGCGUUGGAGACAGAGCAGAUCGGUGGCAACAUCUUGAACGACUUGCGCUCGCAGCGUGAGCAGAUCAGCGGCGCUAGAAACACCUUGUUGCAAGCGGAUUCCUACAUUGACAAGAGUGUGCAGACGUUGAAAAGCAUGGGGAGAAGAUUGGUGGCUAACAAGUUUAUAAGCUACGCCAUCAUUGCCGUGUUGAUCUUGUUGAUUCUUUUAGUUCUUUAUAGCAAGUUCCACUAG